AUGGAUAUCAUCCUCGACUUAGCGGACCGCUACGCCCUCGACUCGCUCUACUCCCAUGCCCCCGCCUCCAUCACGCCCUACGUCUCCGCUCGGGACAACCCAGUCCGGCAAUGCCUCUCCCUCUGGCUCGUCGCCCUCGUCGGCGUCAACCUCCUCUACUUCUCCUUCUCCACCCUCUCCUACUACUUUCUCUUCGACCACCGGCUAAUGCAACACCCUAAAUUCCUCAAAAACCAAAUCCGCAAAGAGAUCACGCUCUCCGUCACCUCGUUCCCCAUCACCGCCGCGGUCACCGUGCCGUGGUUCUAUUACGAAGUUAAUGGGUACAGCAAGCUGUACUAUAAGGUUGAGGACUAUGGGUGGCCGUACCUGGUGGCGAGCAUCGUGAUGUUCUUGGCGUUCACGGACUGCUGCAUUUAUUGGAUUCAUCGGUUCGAGCAUCACCCGAAGUUGUAUUCGUGGUUGCAUAAGCAGCAUCAUGCGUGGAAGGUUUCGACGCCUUUUGCAAGCUUUGCUUUUCAUCCGCUGGACGGGUACUUCCAAUCCAUCCCGUACCACCUGUUUGUCUACAUGGUCCCAAUGCACGUGUACGCUUACCUUCUCGCCUUCGUUCUGGUUCAGUUCUGGACGAUCAGUAUCCAUGAUGGGGCGUACUUCACACAAAGCACCGUCUUGAACAGCACCGCACAUCACACCGUCCAUCACCUCGAGUUCAACUACAAUUUCGGUCAAUAUACAACAUUAUGGUGA